CCGCUGUGUAGUGGAGGGAGGAAUAUUUUAAGUGCGCUUUAAGAAGCAACCUUCUGCUCAGAGCGCUGGUCAGAUGUCAGAAAGGCGGAAUGAUGUUUGAUGCGGGCAGUGACGGACGCUGAAAACGCUGUGAGGAAAACGCUUAGAGACUGGCCGGAACAUUUGGAUGGCCGAAAGGUCCCGCAGCGAAGAUCGACGUCGGUAAAUAACUUGCAGACCAUGAACUAUGUGGGUCAGCUGGCGGGCCAGGUGUUUGUGCAGGUCAAGGAGCUGUACAGAGGACUCAACCCCGCCACGCUGUCCGGGUGUAUCGAUGUUAUCGUGGUCCGGGCGCCCGAUGGCACCCUGCAGUGCUCCCCCUUCCACGUCCGCUUCGGAAAGAUGGGUGUGCUGCGAUCCAAUGAGAAAGUGGUGGACAUAGAGAUUAAUGGAGAGCCGGUGAGUUUGCACAUGAAGCUCGGUGAGAAUGGGGAGGCCUUCUUCGUCAAAGAAUCAGAGAAUAAACUAGAAGUUAUUCCGGCCUACCUUGCAACAUCACCCAUCAGGUCGACGGGGGAGGAGUUGAUGGAGUCCCAGCUGGGCAGGGGGAGUUCUCACCUUCAUGACAACAACCUUUGCAGUUCACUUCCCAUCCACAACCUGGGAUCCCAACACAUGGAUGUUGGGACAACUAAAAAGAGAAGGAAGAGACGGAGAAAGACAAGGCCAGAGGCAGCAGGGGCCGGAGUGGGAGGAAGGAGAGAAGACAGUGCAGACGAAUUUUCAGGGGACGAGGACAUGUUCACCAUUGACCUGAGCUCAGAUGAGGAGAAGGAGGGGGACGGCAGCAGACCUGCGUACAGCCAUCAGGGAUGUACAACAAAAGCACACUCCAUCACCAGCUGGACGCAGAGUAAUGUGAUUAAGGAUACUCUCUCCAUACCUCCACCAUGUGGUCUGUCCAUCUCUUGUCCCCAGAGGACCUCUCAGUUCUCUUCCCUUGUUAGUCGGGAUGAUUCACGGUCGUCAACACCAAAGAGCGACUCAGAGCUGAACAAUCAGACCAACCCUGAGAUGCUGUGGACCUGGGGAGAGCUGCCUCAGGCUGCCCAGCCAUCCUUCCUGACGUCCCACCAGAAGCAGGACUUUGCUGCAGCAGUCUCCAUCCCAGUGACGGCCAACACGCACUUCAGAGCCAUCGGUGCCACGGGGGCUCCCUCCCUCACUCUCUACAGUCCCCAGCAAAGUGAGAGGGCAGCUCUGGAAAGGGACAAGGAGACAAAAGAAAGCAAAAGCCAAGCAGUGGAAGGACUAACUGUCAAGUCUGAUGACACAUCCGGGGAAGAACAUGGAAAUGCCGUAGAGAGUGGGGGGCCAUCUUGUGCAGAAAUGGAGGGUUUAACAGUAUGUUCAGUGUCUCCAAGGAUCUUGCCUGAUCACGUGGAUGAAGGCAAGCACAGAGGAAGUCCAAUCAGAAGGACGGAUUCACCAUCCAAGAAAAAAGAGAAGAGAAGCCAGCACCUCGGUACUGAUGGCAUAUAUCUGGAUGACAUCACAGAGCUGGAGCCUGAAGUUGCUGCUCUUUAUUUCCCUAAGAGUGAUGGAGGCAUCAGCUCGAUGAGGGGAGACACAGAGAUGUUGCUGGAAAUGAGAAGCACUGACCAGUCCCCACAGUCAGUGGGCAGCAGUGGGAUGGACAGUGGCGUGGACACUUUGGACCAAAUUGGUGACCUGCCUCAUGUGGCUAUCUCUUUGUGUGGGGGACUCACAGACAAUAAGGAGAUCACAAAAGAGGAGUUCUUGGAGAGGGCUGUUUCCUACCAGGAAUUCUCAGAAAACCCUACGAUUAUCGAUGACCCUAACCUGGUGGUCAAGAUAGGCAACAAAUAUUACAACUGGAACACCGCUGCGCCCGUCAUGUUGGCCAUGCAGGUCUAUAAGAAACCUCUCCCACAGGCGUCAGUGGAGAACAUCAUGAAGGAGAAGAUGCCAAAGAAAGGCGGGCGCUGGUGGUUCUCAUGGAGAAGCAGGAACAGUGACUCCAAGUCGGAGGCUGUGACAGAAGCAGAUGGAGACAGAGAAGAGAGCUCACUCGCCAUGUCCUCAGUCAACAGGAUGAAGGAUGAAUCAUCGUCAAGUGAUGAGGACCACAGAUCAUCCAGUCAGAAGUUAGAAACCUGUCAGUCAGAGCCCAUUCUGAGCCCUGGCAGUGUCUGUUAUAAGAAAACUCUCCGGCUCACUUCAGAUCAGCUGGUGAGCCUGCAGCUGAAAGAAGGCCCUAACGAGGUUGUGUUCAGUGUAACCACCCAGUAUCAAGGCACCUGUCGCUGUCAUGGCACAAUAUAUCUUUGGAACUGGGAUGACAAGAUAGUUAUCUCUGACAUAGAUGGAACAAUCACCAGGUCUGAUACCCUGGGCCACAUCCUCCCCACUCUGGGUAAAGACUGGACCCACCAGGGUAUUGCACGGCUCUACCACAGAGUCAGCCUGAAUGGAUAUAAGUUCAUGUACUGCUCAGCGAGGGCCAUCGGUAUGGCAGAUAUGACACGGGGCUACCUGCACUGGGUCAAUGAGAGGGGAACCAUGCUGCCAAUGGGUCCGGUGCUGCUCAGCCCCAGCAGUCUUUUUUCUGCCUUUCACAGGGAAGUGAUUGAAAAGAAACCAGAGAAGUUUAAAAUCGAGUGCCUCACAGACAUCAAGAACCUUUUCUUCCCUAACACUGAACCUUUCUAUGCUGCCUUUGGCAACAGAGCUACGGACGUGUAUUCCUAUAAAGAGGUGGGUAUUCCUCUGAACAGGAUUUUCACUGUAAACCCCAAGGGGGAGCUGGUCCAGGAGCACGCCAAAACCAACAUCUCCUCCUUCGGGCGCCUGUGUGAGAUGGUCGACCAUGUCUUCCCUGUGCUGAUGCAAGAUGAGGAAGCUGACUUCCCCACCUCUGAUAAGUUUGACCAGGACAGUUACUGGAAUAAACAGCUUCCUGAUGACUCGGACCAGGAAAAAGACAACCCACAGCCUCUGGAGACCAGCUGAAAAUCCCAUUGCAAGCUACUGCUACAGACCAGCUUUUGUCUGUCUCAUCGGCUGGAACAUGGUCAAAGUCAUUCAGCGUGAAGCUGACAGCCUUGUCAGGAGGAAUUAUUUUGUCAGUAAUUGUGUUGGGCAUUAGCAUUCAAGCUUUUUGUGACAUGUAAAACAAAAGUAGCUCUGAAACUUUAGUUGUGUAAUUGUUACUACUGAUGCAGAGUAACAGAAUGUCAGUCAUCAUGCUCUCAUUCAGCAGUGAGAACACGCAGUCUUGUAAACCAAAAUAUGAGUCAUGGUAAUGAGGGAAAAAACGUUUCGGAUUAGAAAAAACAAAGAAAAAUGAGGAAGUAGUUUUGGAGCGGUUUUGUUCCUCCUGGUGGACAUAAGUGUAAUGCAGACUUGUGGACUUACAACAGGGUGACACCUAAACAUAUAUCACAUAUCUAUAAGUGCACUGACUAACAAACGUAUGCACUGCACUGGAAUAUGAUAUCUCUUUACCUCUGUGAGAGACUUCUUCAACUGGUCAUUUUUCUCUCCAUCAUCAAACACCAGUUUCACUUAUAAUACGUAAAACAUUAAUUACCAACAUGCAACCCCAGAUAAGCCUGAUGUAGUAUUGAUUUUUAGAUAUGUUUGUGCAAAGAAUAAUUUACACUUAACCUAAGCAAUUAAUAGUUUUUUUUCUACAGUUGCACCCGGUAAAGAUGUGCAGACUGUAUACAGCACAGUCAACACCUAGCAGCGGAAUACAGUCGAAGCCUCACUUUACAUAACAAAAAUUAUCCAGGUGAUGCAAAAAAUAAUUAAUGCAGGAAGUUUUUUUUAUUUUAGAUAGUGUAUCCAGGCAUCCUCUGUGCCAAACUUGUCUUCAGGUCUAGCUACAUAUGCGUGGUCUUUCGACCGAUUGCUGUGAAACACAUGGCCAUGACACAUUUUAUAGUGCUCAGUGACUAUGUUCCAGAUAAAUGCAGGACAAUGUAGAAUUAACUUAGCCUUUGUUACUUCCUUGUUUUUAAAUGUGAAAAUAAAUGGACUUUAGUGAUUUAGUGCGUAUGUAAUAAGGAAACCAUGCUAAUAAGAACUAAUGCUCAUCAAUGCAAUUUUUUUCAGAAGCUUUUAUAAGACUGAGAUGACUUGUUUUGCUUAUCUAAUGCGUGUAUUGCGUAGACCGGGACACCAUUAUGUGCAGCACUUAACCGUCCUAUAAUGGAGAAAAACUAUAGAGGCUUUGAAAAAGUCUUAUCACAGACAUUUUUUGCUACUUUUUUAAAAUAUCUUUUUAGCCACUGAUCAAUAAUGACUUACUGUAUACUAUUUAUUUUAUUAUUCGCGAUGGAAUCCUUCUGUGUAUUUGUAUACAUUAAGCGGGAGGGGGGGGGGGGCACUGUAAAUAACAAGAAUGUUAAUGUUUGUGGUCAUAUGAGGUGACAUUAAGCUUAUGUAAUUGGAUGUGUGAAAUACUGGUGCUUCAUUCAAAUGCAUGUGCAGCCAUCUAGUGGGUAACUGUAAGUGUCUUUUUUAAACUGUUCGCUGUGCCAUUUUCAUUAUGUGACCACUAAACCAAUAGCACAACAUGCAGAAUUUAACGGAAAUGGUUUCAUGGCCUCUUUCCUCAUUUCAUGUCUCCUUCCUUUAACAAAUGUACUGGUGUGCGCCAUAGUAAGCGAGGCCAGAUUACGUCCAAAACCCCUCAGAUGAUUAGAUGGUGAGUCUAUCAUUCUGUCAUGUGGUCUUUAAACAAAGGAUUGGUCGCUGCACGUUCAGUUUUUUAUUAUGAUUGAUUUGCUUGAAGGAAAAGUGGAAAAAGUGAUCAAGCUUUCAAAGGAAUUCAAAUGUGUUUGCAUUCUCAUGCCUCUGGACCCGUUUGAAAGGACGCGUUUGUGCAAUGUUAAGGGUUGGGUGCUCUGCUCUUGAAAGAGGAAAUAAAAAAUAAGCUGAGUGGUUACAAAGUAUCAAAUUACUGUUUUCAGAGUUUGUUAUUUUAUAAUUAUCACCUAAUUCUUUCUGUGAAAGAGGAGUUACAGCUCUUGACUAGUUUUCAGUCUUUCUCUAUUAUUUUUGCAUUUGCUUUCAUGUAAAACUUGUUUGUGUUGGCACUAAGUGGCAGUCUACUAAGCAGCGUGCAGUGCAAGCUAAUGUUAAUAAUGUUCUCCAGCCAAUGAAAUAAACAUUUUGCAAUAAACUCAAAGCUGAUUUUUAAAUGUGUGUUGCUUUUUUUUGUUUGAGUCUGCAAAGAUUUUUUAUUUAGGGCUUUCACUCCAUAACCCUAGAGACUUUGCUGAAGGAAAAUAAAAGUAAAAUCCUCAAUCAAUCCUUUCUGAAAUGUUUUUUCUUUAUAAUGGUGUGUGGUCUGUAUGACAGUGAGGCGUUUUCCCUCUUGAGUCUAAUGAAAAACAUGUUUUAUAAUUUCUAAAAAUGUCUUUUUUCAAUAAGA